CGUAGUCAUAUAAGGGUCAUUUGGAAGGAUAUAUAUAUAUAUAUAUGCCCAGCUGAAUGUUGUGUCUGUGUGCAUCUGCAAGUGACCGCAGCAGUGAUGUGGAGCAGAUGGCUAAUUCCUGUCCUGUUCAUAUUUGGAGCCACUCAGUCUUGUCACACACAUCCAGGCCUGUCCUGUGUAAAUGACUACAUGAGCAACGUGUCGUGUGAGUGGCAGGUCAGCGCCAAACAUGCAGGUAACAACUGCACACUCCAGGGGUUCAGGAGAACACCAUGGGGAAACAAAGUGAAAGAAUGUAAGCUGGAGCCUUUAAGCUAUCGUGCUAAUGCUACCAGAGCUUGCAGCAUUGUCUAUGAUUCUCUGAGAUUUAGCUUUGCAGAGAGAAUGCGUGUACAGGUGACGUGUAAUGGCACUGCUGUCUUCCCACAGUCUGAAUAUCACCCCGGCCGCAAUGUUAAACUGCGGUGGCCAGACAAGAUAAGCGUUGUCCGGGACAACAUCACGUGGAGUCGAGGCAGCCCCUUCCCAGAGUCCAUCAAGAGAUAUGAGUUUGAGCUGCAGUUCAAACGCACAGGGCAAAGCUGGAAGGAGGCUCGCCUGACACUGGUACAGGGAAUGUUCACCAUUUUGAAUGAGGACUACAUGGUUAAGGGAGAGCGGUACGAGGCCAGGGUGCGUGUGAAGCCGGUCGAGCCCAGCACGACGGGUGAGAUACAGGGCCAGUGGAGCGACUGGAGCCCUUCCGUGUCCUGGAGCUCAGAGAUCGGCAUGAACAAAACCACGCAGGAAAGGCCACUGUCUAUCUUCCCUAGCCUGGGUCUGUGUCUGGUGAUUACAGGCAUAAUGCUGCUCCCUGUCAUCUUCUGCAUAGCUCACACGUGCAAGUGUGUGCUGAAAACAGGCGACCAGCAUGUACCUGACCCCUCCAAAUUCUUCAAGCCCCUUCUGUCCCUCCAUGAAGGAAACCUUCAGAAAUGGCUGCGUCCCGAGUACUCUACCCACUCAUACGUAAGUCCACAAGUCUGCGGCUGUGAGAUCUCACCUGUGGAAAUCUCGGAGGCUUCAGACAGCGCUCUAGCUCUCAUGACUCCUGCGCUCUUCCAGACCAAUCAGACGUUUUUUUUCCAGCAGACAAGCGGCACCAGCCAGUCACUGUCGUCAGGCUUCUCCAACAUGGGGUAUUUUUACACUGAGCUCCAGUCAGGCUUUCUGUGUUUGGAGUCCUGCCCCGUGUACUUCACGUACGAUCCUGAGGCAGGUAGCAGUGGCAUGGUCCAGUCUGCAUCGUCAUAUGAGCGCGUGCAGAACCAACAGCAGAUGGCGCCCUUGAGCCCAGACUCUGGCUUUGAUAUGGGAGAAAAGGAAGAAGAGGAAGAGAGUGAUGACGAGAAGGAAGAAGAGAGGGCCGAGAUGUGCAGAGGGGUCAACGUGCAGCAUUUGGUCUCUUUUGUUUUGUCCUUACCAGAGAGUUCAAGAGUCAACCCCACAGCCCCACACACCCCUGUGCUCCUCGCCCCGCUGCCGGAGCUCUCACCCUGGCCUGAAGAUGCUGUGGUAUCAGUGGCCAGCGAGCCCUCCGAGCUAGCAGAGGGCGCUGUGGCUCGACCCGCCUCUAUGGUGGUGCAGCCCUGCACUAGUGGUUAUUUAAGCCUGAAGGAGAUGCAGAAAUACAGUAACAAGUCCAUCUGAAUAAUUGUUUGUAAUAAUUGUUGGUUAGAAUUGUUGGUUAGAAUUGCUCUCGGUUCAAUUUAAAUGUAAAAUUUCAAUUUGAAUGAGGAUUUAGUUUACAACAGUGAUAUACCGAUAAUUUAAUGCUUUCAAAUAAGAAAUAUUUCCAUUGUGCAUCCAUUCAAUUAAAUCUCAAAGGUGGACAGUGAACUACAUUUACAAGCUAUAAACACACAUAUUAAGGGAAAAGGUCUUUUCUUAUGUAAUAACCAUAGCAUUUGUGUUGCUGUUUUUGUCUGUUUGUGUUGUGUUCUGAAGAUUUUCUAAUAUCCUUGUCCGAUAGGGCCGUGCAAGCAUCGCAGAGAUGGUAAUUAACUGACUUUGAGUUUUUUUUAUAUGUAAGUGUGGUUUUAUUUUUCAGUGCCAAUAGUUCUUGUUUGUCUUAGUUCAGGCUGCUAGAACAAACACAAUGCAAUUUAUUUGAUAUAUAUCAGAUUAGUGGUAGAUUAUUUACCAGGGGUGCCAAACUCUGCUGAAGUGCCAGAGUCCGGCACAGAGGGACCAGGGUCCACCACUGAGGGACCAGUCUCCAUGACUGAGAGCCAAGAUCCAGCACUGACAGACAAGGUCCAGCACUGAGAGCCAAGGGUCCAGCACUGAGAGCCAAGGUCCAGCACUGAGAGACAAGAUCCAGCACUGAGAGACAAGGGUCCAGCACGGAGGGCCAAGGGUCCAGCACGGAGGGCCAGGGUUUAGCAAAGCAGUCUGGAGUCCAGCACAGAGGGACAGAGUCCAGCACUGAAGGCCAGGGUCCAGAGAAAUGAAUGAAAGGUAUAAGCUAAAUGAUGAACUUGCUAAGAUCAAAAUCAACGGAAUAUCAAGUAAAGGUGAACUUUAUUUGAUCAAAGUAAAGCAUUAAUGUAGUGAAAAAUCCAGCUGGCUGACUUUACAUUACAGAAAAGAUAUUUUAAUCCCGGAUCUUGAAUCCAAAUCCGGUCCUGAAUUUUGUAAUUACUGGUAUUUAACUGAAUAUUCAGUAGAAUUGGUUGUCCAUUUUGUCAUUGCACCUGACUCCCGGGUAAAUGGAAGUUGUUAAAUAUUGAUAUGUCUAACAUGUUUAGUCAUUCUGGAUAAGAGUGUCUACCAAAUGAUGUAAUAGUAAUAGAAUGUUGAAGUUCAGGACUCAGAUCCUGAGGACUGAGUGAUGUGAGCACCUCUGAAUGAGUUGAGCACCUCUGUACUGUUGCAUUAAGCACUGUGUUUACUCUGGCAAGAGUGACCAAAGGAAAUACUAAAACUCACCUUCUUGCUCAACAACCUGCAUUUUAUUUGUUGCAGAGUAACUGCUUUACUUUUGCCUAUUUUAUAUAAAGCCAUAAUUAUUUAAUCUAGCUCCUUAUUUUCCAUAAACACCUUCAACUGACUGCAGUAAUUAUCUAUAAGCUAGAUAGCUAAAACACCCACUAUCAGUUUGCAAGCUUAAAGAUCCAUGAAACAACAUGUUCAUUGUCAUGCAUUCUCACAUAUUAAUGUUAACAUUUACCUAUCCUGUAUCAACUGUCCUUAUUCAUACUUGGUUUGAACAAAACAAAUUUUGCCUAGUUAACCGCAUCUUGACCUGAAAAACUGAAAGUGUCAUUAGUCAAAUAUUGUGUAUCCAGUAACAUUAUCUUUGUGUGAGUGUGUAUUAUCUAAAGGGUCAUUCUUUGGUCAAAAAAUAAAAAUGGCAAUGAAUUUA